GUAUGAGGUGGAGAGAAAAAGAUGUCCUGGUGUUGACACGGGCAUCGAGAUCCUGGACCUCGCGUCGGGCAGCGUCCGCCCCCGCAAACCGACCCCAGGGCAGCGUCACAAGCGGCUGCCGUUGGGUUGCGCAGCCGCCUCUUGAAACGCGCGAGGCACAACCGCCGCGGGAGCGGGGCUGCUCCUGAAGCAGCGCGCCCUGCGAUAGACGGCGCCAGCGGGGCGCGAACCCGCGGCUCCGGAGUGCGAGGAGGGACUCAGAGCUCCGCCUGCCCGAGAGGGGGCGAUGGCGGUGCCGUCGCGGAAGCGGAUGUGGCCGUGGGGCCGGGCGGGCUUUGGCGCCGCCGAUGAGGGCUCGGGGCCGGCCAUGGAGCCGCGGAAUCUGCGCUGGGAGACGUUGGCGGCCCUGCGCGCCUCCAGCAAAGGCCGGCUGAGCUACUCCAGCCACUGGCUGAAGGACGAGGAUGUCUUGGAGCGAUGCAUGUCUCCUCUGAUGCUGUCCUCGUAUGCUGGCUGGGUCCUGGAAAGGAUGACUGGGCCGUCAGCGCAGACCCUGGCACCCUCCAGUUCCACGCCCAAAGAUGCUGCUCCUCACACAGAUCCGCCCCUUGAGAUCGCAGCGUCCAGCUGUGAGGGCCCUUCACCGCUCUCACCUGCAGCGCCGAGCGAGACAAAGGGAAACAAUGAUCUUGGUCUGCUGGAAAUGGAUCGAGAGGUCUUUCCAGCACCUCCUUCAUCUAAAAUUGCGAAAGUUGAAGGCUGCAUUCGGCUGUAUGAAGAGCUAUACAGGCUGAAAGGAAGGGAGAAGCUUCGGAAGCGGCAGGAGCAGCAGGAGCAGAUGGUGAGGGCAGCGUGCGACAUGGCAAGUGAACAGCUGAAGCGUUUUGAUGAACUGAGGGAGCUCAAGCAGCAUCAGGAAAUCCAAGAACUGCGAGAAGUAAUGGAGAAGAGUUUAAAAGAAACUCAAGGACAGCAAGAGAAGCUGAAAGAGGAGCACCGACACAGAGCAAAGAUACUAAACCUAAAGCUGCGUGAGGCGGAGCAGCAGAGGCAGCGCCAGGAGGAGCUGGAGCGUUUGCGUAAGGAAGAGGGCCAGGAAAGACUGCGUCGCCUUUAUUCAAUUCAGGAGGAAUUGCUGCAGCUCAACCAGCAGAUUGAUCCCAAUUACAAGCACAAGGACUUGCCAAAAAUUGACCUUUCUGCAUACAGUAACCGAGGCAACCAGAUCUGCGGGCUGGUGUCAGGACUCAUCCGCACCACGAGUGAGAGAGGUUUCCCUUCUCAAGUCGAUGUGGCCAAUACUGAACAAGCCCUGAAGGAAAUGCGAGGGCUGAUCUCCAGCAUGCAGCAAGAAAUCGCUGCAGCUGUGGAAGAAAAGAAGAGGAGAGAUGAGCAGGAGGAGAAACGGAGGCAGGAGGAGCUACUGAAGAAGCAACAGGCGGAAGCUCAGACUCCUGCCCCUGCGCAGCCGUCGGGAGGAAAGCAGCAGAAGGAAGCACUUCAAGUUAAGGCAGAGGAAGACACCAUGCGGUGGUACCAGCAGCUUCAAGAUGCUGCAACCCAGUGCGCUGCUUCUUUCAGCGCAGUGAGCAACUGCAAAGACAACGAGGUUAAGAAGAUAAAAAUGGACCUGCAGAAAGCAGCCACCAUCCCUGUGAGCCAGAUCUCCACCAUAGCAGGCUCUCAGCUGAGACAGAUAUUUGACAAGCUCAAUAACUUGCUCUCUGGAAAGCCUGUUCAGAGCGGAGGGCAAACUGUAUUGGUGACUCAGCAUCCCCAAGGCCUGGAUUUUGUUUAUUACAAGCUUGCAGAGAAAUUUGUGAAACAAGGAGAAGAAGAAGUAGCUUCUCACCGUGAGGCAGCUUUCCCAAUUGCAGUGGUGGCAUCAGGAAUCUGGGAAAUACACCCUCGAGUCGGAGAUCUCUUUUUAGCUCAUCUGCACAAGAAGUGCCCCUAUGCUGUGCCAUUCUACCCUGCGUUCAAAGAAGGCACCCCUAUGGAAGAAUAUCAGAGGAUGCUUGGGUAUCAAGUUCAGGAUUCUAAGGUAGAAGAGCAAGAUCAUUUUCUUAAACGGAUGUCAGGCCUGAUCCGUCUGUACGCUGCUCUCAUUCAGCUCCGCUGGCCUUACGUGAACAAACAAGGGGCGCAUCCUCAUGGGCUGAACUACGGGUGGCGCUGGCUUGCUCAGAUGCUGAACAUGGAGCCUCUGGUCGAUGUGACAGCCACGCUUCUGUUUGAUUUUCUGGAGGUGUGUGGCAAUGCUCUCAUGAAACAAUAUCACGUCCAGUUCUGGAAACUGAUGUUGCUCAUCCAAGAAGACUAUAUCCCACGGAUUGAAGCAAUUACCAGUGUUGGACAGAAGGGCUCUUUAACGCGUUUGAAGCAAUUUGUGGAGGAAAGUCUCCAGAAGAAGGACAUGCCAUUACCAAAGGGCUUUCUGCAGCCUUCCUUUUGGAGGUCAUGAAUCGGUCCAUACUUCAUCCUCCCUGGAUAUCAGCGCCGUCAGACCUGCUUCCUGACUGUGAAUUUUGAACUUAGAUGGACAGGGAGAUUAUGUUCCAUCAAUUUGUUUAAGUUUAAUCAAUGAAAUUUUAUGCUGGAUAGAACAGAGUCUCGUUUUCUUUGUCGGAAAUGACGGAAGCUGUUCUUCGUGGUUUUGAUAAGUUUUUGUACAGUAAAUUAUGGAACACGGAGGAUUUCUCCUUUGCGUAUUCAGACAUGUGGAAGAUGCUUUACAUACAGUAUUCUGAUUACUUCUGGAUUUCAGAAUCAAAACGUUUGCUUGGUGCUGUUCUGUUCGUGGAAGUGAAGAUACCUCAAAGCUCUAUGAAGUCUUAACAGAGCAAUCAAUCUCGGAAACACACUGGGGAAACCUUGAAGUUUUGUUAUUUAUUGUAUCUCGCUUUUAUAGUUUGUUUUCAACUAUGGUGAUGCAUUUGCAUCCCGUUUCUUGCAAACAAUAUCUUGAAAUUGCUGAGAGAUUGGUAAAAGGUAUUUGGCCUGUCAGCAUUGACGUUUAUCUCUGUUGGAUGUAACGCUGCUCCAAGGACAGUGUUCUUGGUUUAAGAGAGGUAGACCUGCUGUUUUAAAAGCUGUGCGUGAUGGGGGAAGAACUGAGUUCCUGCAGAAAUGUCUGUUACCCAUUAAGUGAAUGGAAAUCAAUAAUAAUAAUUAUUAUCUUUUAAAAAGUGAAACAAUGCAUUCAUCGAAGCACUUUUUGCCAAUGUUCUGCCAUUGUUUGAGGGGCAAAUGGUCCACUUGAGUUCCCUAUGGUGCAUUGCAUUCUAUUUUAUAGGGGCCUUUUAAUGCCAAUGUAUUUCUUUCAAUGUUAUGCCAUUUUUAUUUAUCAAGUACUGUAAUACUUUUAUACCGAUGGUGGAUUACUCUGAGACUAGUUCAUUUUAAAAUCUGUUUAAUAUUAAAAAUGGGAUUAACUUUUUUUUUUUAUCUUUAAUCUGAAGCUGGUGCAGCUUGUGCCUAUUUCUAUAGCUAUUGGAGGGAGAUGGCGAGAAACUCAGCAGCUUCCUUCCUAGUGAAUGUGGGGGAUCAGGGUGGUAGGAGGCGUCUUUGAUGUGCAGUGCACUGUUCUUGAACUAUUUUGGUGGUUUCCAAGAUGACAAAAUUUGCUUCAGAGUUGUGGAAGGCAGUGCACGAUUUUUGCAAAAUUGCCAAUUAAAGCUAUUAUUUUUACCAGUUUGCUUUUUGAUGUUCCUGAAGACUUCAGAAUUUGAAGCUGUAAAAAAUGUAUUUGAGGGUUAGGGUACGCUGAUCUGAACUUGAUUUUUUUUACGAAUUUAAUUUUCUAAUUUUUUUUAAUUUACAAAUUUAACAUUUUUCUGAGAAAAGGUUGUAACAUAUGUAUUAUAGUGUACUGAGACCUUUUUUAAAUACUGAACUUUAAAUUGGUAAUAAAUUAUGUUUGUAUUUGGUGUAUGUCUUUUCUAAA